AUGGAUAGUUGGCAUCAAGUCACUAAUGUUAAUUUAAAUGAAGCAUUUUAUGUAAUGAAAUAUGGUUUGGAACAAACGGUUAAACAAAAUUCGAAUGGCGCUGUUAUUAUCAAUACAUCAUCCAUUGCCGGCAUUUUUCCUCAAGGUGAUAAUCCUGCAUACAAUUGUUCGAAGGCAGCACUAAUUCGUUUAACAAAAGAAGCAGCCCGUCAUUAUGUUCAGUGGAAAGUAGCCAGUAUAACACCAGUAUAUAAAAAAGGAGACUCAUCGUUUAUCGAAAAUUAUCGCCCAAUUUCGCUUCUAUGCGUUGGGGAAGGAAGACACAGAGAGCCUGGAGAAGAAGAACAAGCAGUGUGUGCGAAUGCUUUAUAA